CUAAAAAGCACGGAUACCGGUGCUUUUAAUUGUUUUUCAUUCGAACCAGACUGGUUCUGAAUUCUUUAUUAGAAAAAGAUAAUCAAUAUUGGAGGUAGAGAGCUAAGGAGUUCUGGUUGAGAGAAGGAGAUAUCAACUCUAGAUUUUUCCAUAAUGCAAUUAAAGCUCGUCGAAGGAGAAAUAAAAUGCAGGGACUACGAAGGUCGGAUGGUAGCUGGGCAACUGAUAGGGAAGAAGUGGGGAACAUGGUCUUUGACUAUUUCUCUGGUUUAUUCAUAGCUCCAACUGGGAUUGAAAGGGAAGAAAUUUUCCGACCGAUGGGAACUUUGAGUGCGGCACAGAAUGCUAUUUUAAUCAGGCCGAUUACGGCGGAGGAAGUGAAGGAAGCGGCGUUCAAUAUGCACCCGUAGAAAGCACCAGGCAAGGGUGGAAUGAACCCAGCAUUUUUUCAGAAAUUUUGGGAUAUUGUGGGGCCGGAGGUGGUGGAGAUGUGUAGAGGAAUUUUCGAAAGCCGGAAAAUUCCUAGAGAAAUUAAUGUCACUAAUGUAGUUCUAAUCCCUAAGAAGGAGAGGCCUGAGAGUAUGGGGGAUUGGAGACCAAUCGCUCUUUGCAACGUGGUAUAUAAGAUUUUUUCGAAAGUCUUGGCUAAUCGGAGGCUUAUUGGGAGAUCUGAUUGGGGAAAACCAGAGUGCCUUUAUCUCAGGUAGAUCAAUUGUGGAUAAUAUUGUGAUUGCUUUUGAGACACAACACUGUUUGAAAAAAAACAAGGGGGUGAGGAAGGUUUUGUGGCCUUAAAACUUGAUAUGAGCAAAGCUUAUGACAGAGUGAGUUGGCGCUUUUUGGGGGAAAUAAUGGAGCGAAUGAGUUUUGAAACCCGCUGGAUCGAGCUAAUCAUGGAGUGCAUCAGUACAGUUAGUUAUCAUGUCCAGUAUGAGAAGGGUGCGUUGGGGCCGAUUAUUCCUGGAAGGGCUUUCAGACAAGGGGACCCCUUGUCACCUUAUUUAUUCAUCUUAGUAGUUGAGGGGUUGAGCUCUUUACGAGAAGGGCUGAAAGCAGGGGGGGUGUGCAUGGGGUGGCUGUCUGUAGGGGAGCUCCGAAGGUCAAACCGGGAACAUUCCAACGGGACGGAGGGAGUAGAAUCAAGAGUUGGAAUAACCGGUUUCUCUCAAGGGCCGGACGUGCGGUCCUGCUGAAAAAUGUGGUCCAGGCAAUGCCCUCCUAUGCUAUGAAUGUAUUUUUAUUACCGAAGGAGUUGUGUGAUGAGAUUGAGAAAUUAAUGAAUGAUUUUUGGUGGAGGGGAACAAAGCUUGAUCAGAAAGGAAUGAGAUGGAGAAGUUGGAAGAAGCUGUGUAAACCAAAAGAGCUAGGUGGAUUGGGGUUCAAGCAGUUGAAAGAAUUUAAUCUGGCCAUGCUAGCUAAACAGGGGUGACGGUUGAUCAAUGAGAAAGGCAGCCUGAUGGAGAAGAUUUUGAAGGUAAGAUAUUUUCCUAAUUCGGAUUUUCUAAAUGCUAAAUUAGGGAAUAAUCCAUCUUUUAUGUGAAGAAGUAUUUUUGAGACACAACAAUUAUUAAAGCAACACACAAGGAGAAGGGUGGGGAAUGGAGUUGAUGUUCAGGUGUGGGCAGAUGCGUGGCUGCCAGGGACGGACGAAGGAAGAAUUACUUCGACUAAACCGAUGGGUGUACGUGACAUGAAUGUGGCUGCUUUACGUGACUGUACGAGCAAAAAGGGGAAUGAAGAGAGAUUAAGGGCUAUCUUUAAUGAGGAGGAUAGAAGAAGAAUUUCGAGUAUUCCGAUUAGUGCAGGGAAUAGAGUUGAUGGAUAUUGGUGGAAAGGGGAAACUAGUGGGAAUUACUCUGUCAAGAGUGGCUACAGACUGCAAGUUGAGGAGACGGCAGGGACAACAAAUGGAGUGUGGUCACACUUAUGGACUGCUAAGGUACCUCCUAAAUUUAAAUAUUUUAUGUGGCAGGUAUUGGACGGGUCAAUUCCAACUGUGGAUAAAUUACGCCAGAGAGGAAUUGAAGUCCCAAAUGGUUGUAAACUGUGUGAUGCUCCGACCGAGUCGCUGGAACAUGCUUUUAGGGAGUGCAGUUGGGCCCGGUUGGUCUGGCAGGCGGCAGGUUUCAAAGUAGAGGGGAGACGUCGACAGAAGAGUGGAUUCGAAGAGGUAUAGAAGAUGGGGAGGUGGAAAGAAAGUGUAAAUUUAUGGCACUUCUUUGGAGCUUGUGGAAACGUAGGAAUAAUGUCGUUUGGAAGAACCAGAAGCAAGACACCACCAGUGUUAUUAAUGGAGCAGCAGAAAUGAUAGCAAGCUGGAGAGAAGCUCAAGAUCAGGGAGGGGAGCACACGGCACGGUCCUCUAUAAAAGAAAAGUGGAAAAAACCAAAGAAAGAUUUUAUAAAAAUCAAUGUUGAUGGGGCGGUCAAUUAGAGUGGUGGAGUAAGAGCUUGGGGUUGGGUGGCUAGAGAUGAUGAAGGUAACUUUGUGAGAGCCCAAGGGGGGUCGGCGACAGUUAACUGGUCAGCGGCAGAGACGGAAGCUUUUGGGCUCAAGGAAGCUAUGGAGGGAGCUAUCCGGGAAGGAUGGACUAGAGUCGAGUUUGAGACUGAUGCCUUAACAGUGGUGAAAAUAUUAAAACAGGAGGAGGGUGCUCGUACUUUCAUUUGAUUAUAGAGGAUAUUAGAGAUUUGUUAGAAACUAAGAGUAAUUUUUCUGUCUCUUAUUGUAAUCGAUCUGCGAACAGUGUAGCUCAUGCUAUUGCAAGAGGACACAUAGCUUUCCCAUAUCAGCAUAGUAUCUAUGAUGUGUCUCCUAUUUGUAUUGCUAGCCUUCUGGCUACUGAUUCUCUGGAUUAAUAAGAAUGUUG